ACAAAUUCUUCUUUAUCAAACUCUCUCUCUCUCUCCCUCUCUCUCCUCUUCUUUCUCUCCUUCUCUCUCUCUCCAUCUCUAUAUUUAUACAUAUAUACAAAACCAUGUACAUGCAAACUGAAACCAUGCCGGCCCAAGUCAUGCCUGAGCAAGCUCUUCAUGGGAUUCAUAUCUUGGGAAGGGAAAACAAUACCCCCACUCCUAGAAGAUUGGAGGGCAAAGUGGCAAUCGUCACGGGUGGGGCGAGAGGCAUAGGAGAAGCCACGGUGAAACUCUUCGCCAAACACGGCGCAAAGGUGGUGAUCGGCGAUGUAGAAGACACAGCCGGAAAAGUCCUCGCCGAAACACUAGGAGCCUCGGUUUCGUUUCUUCACUGCGAUGUUAGCUUGGAAGAAGACGUAGAAAACCUCAUCGAAUCCACCAUAUCUCGGUACGGACAGCUCGAUAUUCUCUUCAACAAUGCCGGGGUUCUCGGAAGCCAAUCCAAGAGGAAGAGCAUAAUGGAAUUCGACGCCGACGAAUUCGACUGCGUGAUGAGAGUGAACGUCAAGGGAGUCGCGCUCGGCAUGAAGCACGCCGCCCGAGCCAUGAUUAGACGAGGCGGCGGCGGGUGCAUUAUCUCCACCGCCAGUGUUGCCGGCGUCAUGGGUGGGCUCGGCCCCCACGCCUACACCGCCUCGAAGCAUGCGAUCGUGGGGUUGACGAAGAACGCCGCCUGCGAGUUGGGGCGGUAUGGGAUUAGGGUUAACUGCAUUUCGCCGUUUGGGGUGGCCACUCCUAUGCUCAUCAAUGCGUGGAGAUCGGACGGUGAUGGUGAAGGGGAUGAUGAUGAGUGUAUGAGCUUUGGUGGGAUGCCUUGUAGUGAUAAAGAAGUUGAGAAAAUGGAGGAUUUUGUUAGAGGACUUGCUAACUUGAAAGGUCCAACACUAAAGCCUAGGGAUAUUGCUGAGGCUGCUCUUUAUCUUGCUAGUGAGGAAUCUAGAUAUGUUAGUGGUCAUAAUCUAGUUGUAGAUGGUGGAGUAACCACCUCAAGAAAUUGUGUUGGUUUGUAAUUUUCUCUUCUUAAUAUUUUUUGGGUUCUUUUAAUUUGUUAUUUGGUUAAUAUAUAUGAAAAGAUAGAAAUAAUCAAUUGAAUUUAUUUUAUAUA